AGCGGGGCGAGGUGGUGGGGGCGGGGCCUGCGACCGCGGCUGCGGGGAACGGCCGCGCGGGUUUGGAUGCUGGAGGCGGGCACGAGCCCUGGGCCGGUUCGUAGCGGGAGCUCGCGGCAGCCUCAUUCCACCCCCCACCCCACCCCCCGCUUCGGGAGUAAGCCGAAGUCUGCUGGGCUCGAGCCGCUGCACAGGCCGCGCGAAGUGAUGACGUGGCGGGUCAGGCCCCGGAGCUCCGGCGCCGCCUGUCAGAACGGCGUCAUCCCUCAUCUGUAAACCGGGAGCUACAGGUAGCUUGCUCGCUCUUCGCAAGGGGGCUGACAGCGUGCAAGGCUGGCCGGCAGCGCAGUGUCCGGCACACCAUAGUUGCCCAAUAAAUGCUUAUUGUUGGCAAGAUGGCAUUUGCAUACCUGAUCCCUCGCUCCCCCCCCCCAUCCCCCGCCAGCCCCCAAGCUUGUGUUCGCCCUCGCUGAGGGUCCAGCUUUUCCUCUGUGUCGAGUGCUCUGGGCCCAGCCCUCAGUCCAGAUGAUACUCAUGCCAAUGGCGUCGGUGGUGGCAGUGGCCGAACCCAAAUGGGUCUCCGUCUGGGGCCGUUUCCUGUGGAUGGCGCUGCUGAGCAUGGCUCUGGGGUCGCUGCUGGCUCUGCUGCUGCCGCUGGGAGUUGUGGAAGAGCAUUGCCUGGCUGUGCUCAGAGGUUUCCACCUGCUCAGGAGCAAACUGGACAGGGCACAGCCUGUGGUCCCCAAGUGCACCAGCCUAUGCACAGAGCUCAGUGUCUCCUCCAGGGAUGCAGGGCUGCUGACAGUCAAGACUACGGCGUCUCCAGCAGGGAAGCUGGAAGCCAAGGCCGCCCUAAACCAAGCCCUGGAGAUGAAGCGUCAAGGCAAGAGAGGGAAAGCCCACAAGCUCUUCCUGCACGCCCUCAAGAUGGACCCCGGCUUUGUAGACGCACUGAAUGAGUUCGGCAUCUUCUCCGAAGAAGACAAGGACAUCAUCCAGGCUGACUACUUAUACACCAGGGCCCUGACCAUCUCGCCCUUCCACGAGAAAGCCCUGGUCAACCGGGAUCGGACACUGCCCCUCGUGGAGGAAAUCGACCAGAGGUACUUCAGCGUCAUCGACAGCAAAGUGAAGAAGGUCAUGUCCAUCCCAAAGGGGAGCUCAGCGCUGCGCAGGGUCAUGGAGGAGACCUACUACCACCACAUCUACCACACGGUGGCCAUCGAGGGCAACACCCUCACCCUCUCGGAGAUCAGGCACAUCCUGGAGACCCGCUACGCCGUGCCAGGGAAGAGCCUGGAAGAGCAGAACGAGGUGAUCGGCAUGCACGCGGCCAUGAAGUACAUCAACACCACCCUGGUCUCCCGCAUCGGGUCUGUCACCAUGGACGACAUGCUGGAGAUCCACAGGAGGGUACUGGGGUAUGUGGAUCCAGUGGAGGCGGGCAGGUUCCGGAGGACCCAGGUCCUGGUGGGCCACCACAUCCCACCCCACCCCCGGGAUGUGGAGAAGCAGAUGCAGGAGUUCACACAGUGGCUCAAUUCAGAGGACGCCAUGAACCUGCACCCAGUCGAGUUCGCGGCCCUGGCCCAUUACAAACUGGUGUACAUCCACCCUUUCAUCGACGGCAACGGGAGGACCUCCCGUCUGCUGAUGAACCUGAUUUUGAUGCAGGCGGGAUACCCGCCCAUCACCAUCCGCAAGGAGCAGAGGUCCGAGUACUACCAUGUACUGGAAGUCGCCAACGAGGGUGACGUGCGGCCUUUCAUCCGCUUCAUAGCCAAGUGUACGGAGGUCACACUGGACACGUUGCUCCUUGCCACCACCGAGUACUCGGUGGCACUGCCAGAAGCCCAGCCCAACCAUUCUGGGUUCAAGGAGACGCUCCCUGUGAGGCCCUAACCGCCAGCCCUCCCUUGGCAUCCAGAGAAGGCCUUUCUAGAAACAGUUCUCCCCUGGUAGCAAAAGGAAACCCUUAAACAUUCUUUACCUCCAGAUGUUUUUCAGUUGAGAAAGAAAACUAAAUUAUUAAGCCUGUCUUCAGGAUAAUUUAUAGUUCAGCCAAGUUAUUUAUUUAAUUUUUUUUUCUUACUUUUUUGGUGAGCUAGCAGCGACCGAGUGGUGCUGCGACCACAACACCUGUGGUGAUCCCGGAACCCAGUAGGGCAGCAGUGCUUUUCUAAUGUCCUGAGCCUGGGUGUCUAGACAGACUUUGCACGAAGGGCAGAGGCAGAGAGAUCUGUGAGACGGAACUCAGGGCCACGGUGAUCACUCGGGUGCCUUGGAGGUCCUGAGACCUCAGAAGGCUGCAACCUUGGGCAGAACCUGCCCUGUGCUAAGGUGGGGUUUUAUUCCUGAGAGGCUGUGGCAGCAGCUUCUACUGGCAGCCCAGCCCUUUGCCAGUAGGAGGUUGCAGAUUUCCGAAGACCCUCUGAGCUAUUAACUUGCUAACCUGAGUGGCAGGGGAUAGCGCUUCCCUGCCCAGACUGUUCUAAGGGUGGAGGGCAGGCAGAAGGGCUUUCCCUUAUCUUUGCCCUAUACUUCACUUGCAUCAACUGAGGCUAGCCAAGCCAACCUACCCCCUCACUCCACAGAGCAGGUCUGCCUUCACCUCCCACUCAGUCUUCUGAGGACACGGGAGGUGACGCUUGGCGGGAGAAUACUACCCAGCAUGCACCACACACAAGGCACCUGCCCUAACAUUACAAAAGGGUGUAUCUGAGAAACCGCAUCAACCCCAAAUAAGCAGUUCUGAUAAAAGACUGAAAACGGGCAAACACCUGUGACCACGACCCAGCCUUUCCCCCUUUGUCUUAUGCUUUGAAACCCUCUUCCCAUCUGAUGCCAUCACAGGGUCCAGUGUCCCCACUGCCUUGGAGUGGCCUUCUUCUAGUAACUUGUAAAGUGAUGGAUGGUGUCACAUCUGAUAGAUACAUUUCCAAGUUGUCAUCUUAGGAAAAAUAAACUUUUUUUCAAUCAUAUUUAUGGCUAAUGCCGAUUUGACUGCUGCUAUUUAGAGUCAUAAUGGCUACGUCACUGGAUUUUGUUCUGAGACAGCCUACAGUGUCCCAGCGCACUGCACUUUUUGUUUGAAUUGGAAACUCAUACCAGCCACCAAACGAUGGUAUCCAGCGUUUAGAAAGAUACUCUGACAGUUUUCUGACAGACUGAGAAAAAAAACAGAUGUGUGCGUGCAGCACCGUCAACAGCUCUGCAGGACGCGGCCCCCAGCUCCUGGCUCUUCUCUGCACACCAAGUCUCAUGGGAGGCUCACUUUGUCCUGUAGUGAGAACCUGCACUUUAGCUACAUGUGGAAAAUAUUAUUUUAACAAAUUCCUGGUUCUAAUAAAGUAUUUUAUUACAAACAUU